AUGUCUGACAACGGUUCACCCGCGCAGAAGCCUGAGGAUGCUGGCCCGUCUGAGCACCUCAACAUCAAGGUCACCGACAACAACAAUGAGGUCUUCUUCAAGAUCAAGCGUACAACCCAGCUCGGCAAGCUCAUGAAUGCUUUCUGCGAUCGCCAGGGCAAGAACAUCUCGAGUGUGCGAUUCUUGUUCGAGGGCACGCGUGUUGGGCCGACGGACAACCCGGACACACUUGACAUGCAGGACGGUGACACCCUUGAGGUGCAUCAGGAGCAGAUUGGUGGCAGCUGGUAG